CCGGGGCAAGAUGGUGGUCGGGUUUCAGCCGCUGCCCCGGGUCUGCUCGGGGGUUUUGGGCUGAGACGGCUGCGGCUGCGGCCCCGACUCCGAGUACUGGGGCCUCGAGCAGAUAAAGGUCUACAGCCUGCGGUAGCGAGUGGGAACAGGGUCGUCUCUUCUCCGGGUGGUAGGGCCGGGGACUUUGAAGGAGGUGGCUCUGGGGCCGAGUCCCUCCUGGCCAGGUCGGAGGGGCGGGUGCUGGGGGCUGGUCUUCGUGCUCCAGGGGAUCUCUCCGUGGCCCUUUCCACUUCUUCUCGGCCUUGAGGUGAUAGGCCUUUACAAACGGACUCAUGCUGGGCGCAAAGGAUUUGUUGUUGUGGUUGUUGAUGCCGAGGAAAGACACCGAGCCUCAGGAGUCACCCAAACUGGAGUUCUAAUCCUAUUCGCUCGCUGUGUGACCUUGGACAUAACAAGCUGCUCUAAAGUGAGAAGCUGUCUUCAGCUGUGAGUCCUGCACAAGAUCACUAAUGGUUACCUGGCAUUUGUGCAACACAGGCAGGUCCUCAGGGUUUGUGCAAGUUUGCAAACAUGUUCACUGUAUCUCAGACAUCAAGAGCGUGGUUCAUCGAUAGAGCCCGGCAGGCACGAGAAGAAAGGCUCGUGCAAAAGGAGCGGGAGCGGGCAGCUCUCGAGAUUCAGGCCCAUGUCCGGAGUUUUCUCUGUCGGAGGCGACUGCAGAGAGACAUCAGGAGAGAGAUUGAUGAGUUUUUUAAAACAGAUGAUUCUGGGUCCAAUAAAAGAAGCGCACUUUGUAUUUUUAAGAUUGCCAGGAAACUGCUGUUUUUAUUCAAAAUCAAAGAGGAUAAUGAGAGAUUGGAAAAGUUGUGCCGCAGCAUUCUGAGCAGCAUGGAUGCUGAGAACGAACCUAAGGUGUGGUAUGUGUCCCUGGCUCUUUCUAAGGAUCUCACCUUCCUGUGGAUUAAACAGAUCAAGGCCAUUCUAUGGUAUUGCUGUGAGUUUCUUGAGCAGCUCAAGCCUGAAAUCUUACAAGACUCCCGGCUCAUCACACUGUACCUCACGAUGCUUGUCACCUUCACAGACACUUCAACAUGGAAAAUUCUCCGGGGAAAAGGUGAGAGUCUUCGACCGGCCAUGAACCACAUUUGUGCAAACAUCAUGGGACAUCUCAACCAGCGUGGAUUUUAUUCUGUGAUGCAGGUAUUGUUGACCCGUGGCCUGGCAAGACCCCGUCCUUGUCUGUCCAAAGGCACUUUAACGGCGGCCUUUUCUCUGGCACUGCGUCCCGUGAUUGCUGCACAAUUUUCAGACAAUCUGCUUCGGCCGUUCGUCAUCCACGUCAUGUCUGUUCCUGCUCUUGUGACUCAUCUCAGCACAGUGACCCCCGAGCGCCUCGCUAUUUUAGAAUCUCAUGAUAUACUUCGUAAAUUCAUCAUAUUUUUAAGAGACGAAGAUCGAUGCCGUGACAUUUGUGAAAGUUUGGAAGGAUGUCAUACACUCUGUCUAAUGGGCAACCUCCUGCACUUGGGCUCCCUCAGCCCCAGAGUGUUAGAGGAGGAGAUGGAUGGGUUUGUGAGUUUGCUCACCCAGAUGCUGUGCUACUGUCAAAAGUAUGUGUCCCAGAAGAAGUCCAACCUGACGCACUGGCACCCUGUCCUCGGCUGGUUCUCUCAAUCUGUGGAUUAUGGCCUUAACGAGUCGAUGCACUUGAUCACCAAACAGCUGCAGUUUCUGUGGGGGGUGCCUCUGAUCCGGAUCUUCUUCAGCGACAUCCUGAGCAAGAAGCUCCUGGAGAACCCGGAGCCAGUCCACGUCCCCCCACCGUCCCCGCAGAAUGUGCUUCCGGUGAAGAAUAUCCUAAAACGUGCGUUUCAAAAGUCUACGUCAGUCCGGAAUAUUCUCAGGCCUGUCGGGGGCAAACGCGUUGACUCUGCAGAAGUCCAGAAGGUUUGCAACAUCUGCGUCCUCUACCAGACCUCGCUGACAACGCUGACCCAGAUCCGGCUACAGAUACUCACAGGUCUCACUUACCUCGAUGACCUGCUGCCCAAACUGUGGGCGUUUAUCUGUGAGCUGGGGCCCCACGGAGGGCUGAGGCUCUUCCUGGAAUGCCUGAACAACGACACCGAGGAGUCCAAGCAGCUCUUGGCCAUGCUGAUGCUGUUCUGCGACUGUUCCCGGCACCUCAUCACGAUCCUUGAUGACAUUGAGGUUUAUGAAGAACAAAUUUCAUUCAAACUGGAAGAGCUGGUCACCAUCUCCUCUUUUCUGAACUCCUUUGUGUUUAAGAUGAUCUGGGACGGAAUCGUAGAGACCGCCAAGGGCGAGACCUUGGAGCUCUUCCAGUCUGUGCACGGGUGGCUGAUGGUGCUCUAUGAGCGGGACUGCCGGCGACGCUUCGCCCCCGAGGACCACUGGCUGCGAAAGGAUCUCAGACCCAGUCUGCUCUUCCAAGAACUCGACAAGGACAGAAAACGGGCGCAGUUGAUCCUGCAGUAUAUCCCUCAUGUCAUUCCUCACAAAAACAGAGUUCUCCUGUUCCGAAACAUGGUCAUCAAGGAGAAAGAGAAACUGGGUCUCGUGGAAACCAGCUCGGCGUCCCCUCACGUCACUCACAUCACCAUCCGCCGGUCCCGGAUGUUGGAGGACGGCUACGAGCAGCUCCGGCAGCUGUCCCAGCACGCCAUGAAGGGUGUGAUCCGCGUGAAGUUUGUCAACGACCUCGGGGUGGACGAGGCCGGGAUCGAUCAAGACGGCGUUUUCAAGGAGUUCUUGGAAGAGAUCAUCAAGCGAGUGUUCGACCCCGCGCUCAAUCUGUUCACGACGACCAGCGGGGACGAGAGGCUGUACCCCUCACCCACGUCCUACAUUCACGAGAAUUACCUGCAGCUCUUUGAGUUCGUGGGGAAGAUGCUGGGGAAGGCCGUGUACGAGGGAAUCGUGGUGGACGUGCCCUUCGCGUCCUUCUUCCUGAGCCAGCUGCUCGGGCAUCACCACAGCAUCUUCUACAGCUCAGUGGACGAGCUUCCUUCUCUGGACUCGGAGUUCUACAAAAACCUCACUUCCAUCAAGCGCUACGACGGGGACAUCGCUGACUUGGGCCUGACUCUGUCUUACGACGAGGAUGUCAUGGGCCAGCUUGUUUGCCACGAACUGAUUCCUGGAGGGAAGACCAUUCCUGUUACAAAUGAAAAUAAAAUCAGCUACAUCCAUCUGAUGGCGCAUUUCCGCAUGCACACGCAAAUCAAAAACCAGACAGCUGCCCUCAUUAGCGGAUUCCGUUCCAUCAUCAAACCCGACUGGAUCCGAAUGUUCUCAACCCCGGAGCUGCAGCGUCUCAUCUCCGGCGACAAUGCUGAGAUGGAUCUGGAAGAUUUAAAGAGGCACACGGUGUACUACGGCGGUUUCCAUGGAAGCCACAGAGUCAUCAUCUGGCUCUGGGAUAUCCUGGCCUCCGACUUCACGCCCGAGGAGAGAGCCAUGUUUCUGAAGUUUGUGACCAGCUGCUCCAGGCCCCCGCUCCUGGGAUUCGCCUACCUCAAGCCUCCCUUCUCCAUCCGCUGUGUGGAAGUGUCGGAUGAUCAGGACACCGGGGACACCCUGGGCAGCGUCCUCCGGGGCUUCUUCACCAUCCGCAAGCGGGAGCCGGGCGGCCGCCUGCCCACCUCCUCCACCUGCUUCAACCUGCUCAAGCUGCCCAACUACAGCAAGAAGAGCGUCCUCCGGGAGAAGCUGCGCUACGCCAUCAGCAUGAACACGGGCUUUGAGCUCUCCUAGCCCCCGGCCCGGCCCCACACGCAAGGGCUCCUGGGCUGCCUGGAGGCGGUGUGCCCCUGGGAACGUGACCAACUUGCCGGGUGACAUCGGCCCCCAGAGCCUCUCUAUAGCCAUGAGACCCCCUGUGGCCUCAAGAACUUUAGACAACAAGACACAGCAUUCUCCAGGUGAUACUUACGGGAAGGGAAUGUGGAAAAUAAACCUCCGGAUUCCGCCCACAUUGGUCCUUUUUUCCUGGUGAUUGCAGAGGGGCUGCUUUUUGGUAGUUUGGUUUUUUUGUGAGAGUCUUUCCUCCCUUAACCCCCUGAGUGAACCGCGUGUGAACAAGUCCCAGGAACUCCAAGCGUCCAGAUGGUUUUCAUGACAUGGGUCUCGUGCACGAAACCUGCUGUGCGUGAGAUCCUCUCCUUCCGUUUCUGAAACUUUACUCAGGUAAGGCCUGGCCAAGCCUCUAUGCACCCGACAGAGUCUCUGCCUCCACGCCGUCCACCGCAGCCUCUUCCCGCACCGCCGGGCCCGCCUGCUGCCCAGGGAAGCCCAGGCGCUGCUGGGGGCCGCGGAGCACAGCAAGUUCAGGGCACUGCUCCGGCCUGGAAGCCCCGUGUUCCACUCUGCGGCUCCCCCCGUCCCCUUCCUGAGUCCUCCGCAGGCCGAGUGUCCUAUGCAUUCACUUGGCAUCCUGGUUGGGGAGAAGAAGCCCACUGGCCCUUAAAAGCAGCCCCAGUCCCAGAACACACUGGCUGUCACCCCAAGCCUGCUGGGUCCAGAGGGGGCCUUUAGUCCUUGCCAGUUUGAUCUGCUUGUUAUCUAACGAGGACACAAACACUAACCUGAGGUACCUGUCCCGUCUGGGCAGUGGCUUUACCCCAGAGAUUGUGGAAUCCCACGGAACUUGGGUCUUGCUGCCUGUCCUUCCUCGGUACGGGGCACCUGCAGCCCUUUGCACUGAUGGGCUCACGAGGCUGAGGAGACUCACGCCCUCUGGGCUGGUUUCUUUCUUUUUUUUUUUAACUUCGUUUUUCUUCCAACCCAUCGUGUUCCUCUGCCUUCUUCCUCAGCUCUGCCAUGAGAGCUGCACUCCAGAUCUAGGCAUCGGCGGCAGAGGCCCUGUCUGUGGUCUGCACUGACAGCCACCCCGCCUCUCCCGCCUCGCCGUGCUCCUCCUGCGUCCCCACCACCAGAAUCGCAGCCAGAUCCGAAGCCAGGAGUGCCUGGUCCUCCUCUGCUCUGUGCGGCCGGCUUAGCUCUCUUCACAGCCCCAGAACACGUCUGGCAAGAACCUUCCCAUUGGCCGCAAAGCAGGGAAGACCCGACGCCGCAGCCUGCACCAGAGGGGUUCAGCUGGCUCCCGGGGUCCCACCCAGGUGAGAGCCCCUGGGCUUCUGGAAAACAGAGCGUGUGCUUGGCUUUGAUGGAAAGAUGGCAAGGAAUUUAAAGACAGGAAUUUAUUAUUAUUAUUAUUUAAGAUUCACUAGUAACCUCAGAUUCUGUGGACUUGCCACUUUCUUCAAACACUCGAUUCCUUUGACUAUUUCUUCUGAACGUGUGUGCGCCGAGCAGCUGUAUACAGAUACGCGGGGGCUAAAAACUGCCCACCUGCACAACAAGGAUGGAUCCCAUCUCGAUUUUUAUUACCUGAGGGUUGGAGCCAGUGGGAGUUGGGGGGAGAGAGGUUCCUAAGCACCAAUAUCAACUUUACCUGUUUGUUUUUUUUUUGACAAGGAGGUAUAGUUUGUAAUUUCACUUAAAUUCUUCUUUUCAACAGUUGGCAAUAUUGCACUAUCUACACACUAAAUCUGUACUUUUGUAGCUGGUGUUCAUUGACACCUCGAUGGCUCUUGAUGGCUCGAAAAAGCUGUGGGUUUUUUGUUUUUGGAGAUAACUUAUGGAUGAAGACAUGAUCAAAGGCUUUAUUAAAUUUCUACUUCAGCACA